AUGAGCGACUCAGAGAAGGAGCCGCUAAUUUCAGUGAGCUCCUCAACUGACCUGGCUCCAGAAGAUGCAGAACCACUUGCUGAAUACACCGCAGAACAGCCAGCAGAACAACCAGCAGAACAACCAGCAAAUGUAGAAUCUGUUCCACAGAAUAAUGGUGGAGACCCCCUAACUGGCCAGACCUUACCAAGAACAAACAGACACCAUUCAGUGCUCUUCGAGGAGCAAGGGGACACGUUACCAAAACGUCAGAUGAGCGACGAGAGGACUAGGAUUUUAGAUCAGUCUUUCGGGGGAACUACUUGCUACGGAGCUUCAGGACCGGGCCAUCAUGAUAAUGUGAAUAUUGAAAACCUUGGAACGAUCCAAUCUGGGUUCAAGAAAAGGAUAGGAAAGCGGUGUAGGAACCCAAAGCACCGGCACAUGUCCCUGUCAACCCACCACGGUCCUGAUGAUCCUCGGAGUUAUCUAUCCUGUGACUACGAGAGUUUGAAUUAUGAUACAGUUGAGAACGAUUUGACUCUCCAGAGUGAAACUAAACGUGAAUAUAAGCGGUUCAACUCUACUAGUUUUAACAGAUGGCUGGUGUGUUUUCUGAUAGGCGUAUUUACAGCCUGUAUAGCGGUAAUAGUUGACAUAGGAAUUGAACAGCUGUCCAACAUCAAGCUCGACCUGGUCAGGAAAUAUAUGCUGAAGUGUUUAAAUAAAGAAACAUGCUCCGUUCUGAUUCCUUGGCUGGUUUGGACCGGACUCAACAUCGCUUUUUGCAUCGUUGCAACUGUCGUGGUCGCUUUUGUCGAGCCAGUAGCAGCGGGUAGUGGAAUCCCGGAGAUUAAAUGUUACCUAAACGGGGUAAAAGUCCCGAGAGUAGUCAGAAUUAAAACCCUCCUCUGUAAAGUGACGAGUAUCAUUGCUGCUGUGUCUGGGGGUCUAGCGUGUGGAAAGGAAGGUCCCAUGGUACACAGUGGCGCGGUGGUUGCUGCAGGAAUUUCUCAGGGUAGAUCAACUACAUUGCAGUGUGAUUGCAAGGUUUUCAAAGAUUUCCGAUGUGACCAUGUUAAGAGAGACUUUAUAGCCUGUGGCGCUGCUGCAGGGGUCUCUGCUGCGUUUGGAGCACCAAUUGGAGGGGUGCUGUUCGCUCUGGAGGAGGGUGCUAGUUUCUGGAACCAGUCCCUUACUUGGAGAAUAUUCUUCUCCUCGCUGGUAUCGUCGUUCUUCCUCAACACUAUUCUCUCAACGUAUAAAGGGUCUCCUGGAGACCUAUCUAAUCCUGGUCUUGCUAACUUUGGUCUAUUCGAGAUCAGUAACUACGAGUGGUAUGAGUUAAUUAUUUUCAUAAUGAUGGGAAUGGUUGGUGGACUCCUCGGAGCAUUAUUCAACGACAUCAAUAUCAGACUUUCUUUAUUCAGAAUAAGGCGUAUGAAGUACAGAGUACUGAAAGUAAUAGAAGUAAUUCUGGUAGCGUUUUCCACUACUGCUAUAGGAUUUUGUGCCAUGUACUUUGUCGAGGACUGCACCUACGCACAAGUUAAAGAUAACAGCACAGAGCUUUAUAAUUUACAGAUGCAAUGCGACAGUGGACAGUACAACUCACUUGCUACUCUGUUCUUGCAAUCCCCUGAGAGCACUGUUAAAGAUCUUCUUCACUCUCCUAUAGAUAAGUUCUCUUGGAAGUCACUACUGACUUUCUCAGUGAUAUACUACUUCAUGUCUGUUUGGACGUACGGUCUCUCUGUUGCUUCUGGUCUCUUCAUGCCCAGUCUUCUCACAGGUGCUGCUUACGGUAGACUUGUUGGGGUAUUACUACACUACGUCACACCAAUGAACGUAUCGGAGCCUGGAAUAUACGCUCUCAUUGGUGCUGCUUCUUUCUUGGGUGGUGUAACUCGUAUGACUAUAAGUCUGACUGUAAUUAUAAUGGAGGCUACUAGGAACAUAACGUUUGGUCUUCCUAUCAUGAUGACAUUAGUAACUGCCAGGUUUGUUGGUAACUACUUUAACGAAGGUCUGUACGACGAACAUAUCAACUUGAAGCAGGUUCCAAUGUUACCGUGGGAUCCUCCUGUAAAAAGCUUCAGGCUCACAGCUGGUAACAUAAAGAGUACGCCCGUCAAGUGUUUCAAAGCGAUAGAGUCUGUUGAAGCUGUGGUCAAAAUGUUGAAACGAACUUCUCACAACGGCUUCCCUGUCGUAACACAGGUGCCGGUUGAUCCUGAUGCAAAGCACUUUGGGCAGUUUAUGGGUCUUAUCACGAGGGAACAACUUAUACUGCUACUCAUCAAAAAGGCGUAUUUUAAUGAACGCACUAUGGAACAGUGUGGAGACAUUUCAGUCAAUGACUUUAGAGAUAUGUAUCCAAGAUACCCUGAGAUUGAGGAUAUUGAUAUCCCCCAAGAACACAUGAAGAUGAAGAUAGAUCUCCGGCAAUUUAUAAACCUUUCACCGUAUACCUGUAACGAGUCCGUCUCCUUCGCCAGACUCUUUAACCUCUUCAGGAGUAUGGGACUCAGGCAUCUUGUAAUAGUAAACGAGAAUAACAAAGCGGUCGGCAUGGUAACCCGUAAAGACCUAGCCAAGUUCCGGAAGUGGCGCAAACAGGGCAGUUCCGGAGUCCAACAACUCGGUUUAAUCAGUGAAGACGGUAAUCAGGAAGAAAGCAACGAAUGUUGCAACACAGAUGCAGAUACAUCGUCAUGACGUCAUGAUAACACAUGACGUCAUGAAGACACGUGACGUCAUGAAGACACUAUGAGGCGUCAUGUGGCCUUUACGGCUUUGAUUUUGUUGAUGAUCUGAAUAUUGAUCUCUUUUUCAGUUUAUGUUAUACCCAUUAUCCAAACAGGGUUUUAUUGAUAGAAUUUUCGUUCAAUUUUGUAUGUGUGUUUCACAAAUUUUUAUUGAAAAUUUGAUAUUUCAUGUAAUUUGUACGUGUACAAUUUUAAGUAGUUUAAUAAAUACUGAUUUAUUUUGAGAAAGUAAAUCUAAAUUAUAAUCAACUUGAAUGCCUUAAAGAAUAUCAUUGCAAUAUAUUGGGUUUUCC